CACCUAACUUGUACAACGCGUCACUCCUAGCAUUGCUCUUUUGCUCCUUACUCAAGAAACUCAGCUCGUAUCAUCUACUCCUCUUCUUCAUCUCGGCGCAUAGCAUCCCAGAUACCAAAUUCUUAUUCACACGUUUCUCCCUAGUUUCAUACAAGAAAUACAGAAGGAUAAAAAUUCCUAAAAAUCGAAACAAAGAAAGAGAAAACAUGGCCUACGUGGAUCACGCGUUCUCGAUAUCGGACGAGGACAUAAUGAUGGAAUCCUCGUACACAGUGAGCAACAAGCCGCCAAUCAAGGAGAUCGCACUCGCUAUCUCGCUUUUCGUCUUUGGCGCCAUCGGAAUCGUGAUCGGCAUUGCCAUGGCCAUCAACAAAGUCGGUGGCGAUUCAGCCCACGGGCUAUUCUUCGCCAUACUGGGUGGAAUUCUGUUCAUUCCUGGAUUCUAUUAUACACGGAUUUCAUACUAUGCAUACAUAGGAUACAAAGAGUUCUCCUUUUCCAACAUACCUGCUGUCUAGAGUUGUUCAGUGACUCCAACACAAUGUACAAAGGUUAUCUUUAUUAGUUUCGUUAUUCUUUCACUUUAUCUCCAAUUUUGUGUAUUUUAUUGCUAGUGACUAUGUUUGCAUAUAAGUAACACCCAAGACGCAGUAUAUGUUUAAUAUAAUUUGCCCCUUUGCAGACAGUUGUUAACGUGAGUCAACACGAGGGUUGUGUUAUUUAUGAGUAUGGCUCGUGCGUGACAUGUUCAUUAGUUGUCAAUAAGAUCAUUUGGCAUAAAUUCUUCUUGUUAUACUAUAUUGUUAUAUGUGACACUGAAUCUAUCUGCACCUACUUGGAUCUCA